GCGGUGGACGUUGCUCUUCGUCGUGGAUGUGCGCGAAUGGAGGGAUGCGAUGGGGGUGGCCGUGCUGUGCUGUCGCGGACGGAGAGGACAGCUGUAGUGACGGCUGCCGUUGCCGUAGUCCGUCGAUACGAAGCGGAGAGGGCGGCGGGCCGCAUGAAGGCAGCGCUUUCCAGGCGGCACAGGCUUCUGCUGCAGAGGGUGUUGGAUGCCCCGGACUGCAUCACGACUUCGGAGGCCGUGGUUCAGCUGUGCGCUGCAAUCGGCUCCGGUGUGCUUCCCAGGGCGACGCCACGUUGGUGGAUGAGGCGGAGAACUGGCGGGACUUGGGAGGAUUUGCGGGKGUGCGAUGACGCGACGGAUGACUACUUCCGGGAAAAGCUCCGCAUGUCGAGGAGAGUGUUCAUGGAGAUCACCGAAGCCUGUGCGCCUCAUUUGCAACGACAGGUCACGUUUUACAGGGAGCCGCUUCAGCCGGAUCAGAUCGUCGCAUACGCGCUGUAUAGGUGGGCAACAGGAGAGUCGUACGACAACAGCACAUCAUCGUUCGGCAUUGGCAGAUCAUCCGGAGUUCGAGCCGUGCACGAUGUGACAGCCGCGUUGUUGAGGGUCUACGGGGAUAUCGACAAGGGCUUUCCCAACUGCCAUGGCGCAGUUGACUGCACACACAUCUAUGUGGACAAACCGGCGAACGCUCCGAGCGUGAACUACUUCGAUCGCAAGCACCGUUUCUCCGUCAUUGCGCAGGUGGUGGUCGACCUGGAUCUGCGUGUGCUUGACGUCUUCGUUGGCUACCCAGGCAGCUGCCACGACAUUCGGGUGAUCCAGCUGUCAAGUCUGUCGAGGCGAGCGGAAGAGGGAACGCUUUUUCGCGAGCCGCCUGUAACGCUGCCGGGAGGGGUGAGGACGAACGGAUACAUCUUGGGCGACAACGGGUAUCCUCCUUCAGAAUGGAUAGUGGUGUCGUACGGAGGAAUCAAUCAGCACCCGGACGAGGAAAGGUUCGACAACAAACAAAAGGUUGCUAGAGGUGCUGUGGAGAGGGCAUUCGGGAGGUUGAAGGGGAUGUGGAGGCUCUUCCUGCGGUUGCACAAGACGAACUUGGACACUCUACCGCAGCAGUUCACGGUCAUCUGCAUUCUCCACAACAUCCUGCUCAAUGCUGGAAUCAAGUUCGACGAGAAAUUGUUGUGGGAGGUCGACGAGAACGGGGUGAGGCGACGAGUGGACCUGGGGAUUCAUCGUCCACUGCAGCCAGUGACGAUGCCGACAUCGACGGACGUCGCACACACGCUCCGCAAUGCCCUAGCGGAGCGAAUGAAACACAUCUGAUCGUGCGUGUCGCGCCACUCUGCCUCGCGUACACAGACAGAAGC